AUGAAGGAAGCUCUCUGCCAGUGUCUUCUUUUGAAUGCCUUAAGAGUUGAAUCUCCCUCUCUGUUUCUCUUUUAUUCUCAGAAUACCAACACCUUUGAGAACAGAAUGUUAAUGCUUGAUGGGAUGCCGGCAGUCAGAGUCAAAACAGAGCUUUUGGAAUCUGAACAAGGGUCUCCAAACGUCCACAACUAUCCCGAUAUGGAAGCUGUUCCCCUGUUGCUAAAUAAUGUGAAAGGGGAGCCCCCGGAGGACUCGUUAUCUGUAGAUCACUUCCAAACACAAACUGAGCCAGUGGACUUGUCAAUAAACAAAGCCAGGACAUCCCCGACCGCCGUUUCAUCCUCCCCAGUUUCCAUGACAGCGUCUGCCUCCUCGCCGUCUUCAACUUCAACCUCUUCAUCGUCCUCUAGUCGUCCAGCCUCAUCCCCGACUGUUAUCACAUCCGUCUCUUCAGCCUCAUCUUCGUCAACAGUAUUAACUCCAGGGCCCCUCGUUGCCUCUGCAUCUGGUGUGGGAGGCCAGCAGUUUUUGCACAUUAUCCAUCCUGUACCACCUUCAAGUCCCAUGAAUUUACAGUCUAACAAACUGAGUCACGUUCACCGCAUCCCCGUGGUGGUGCAGUCCGUGCCUGUUGUCUACACAGCUGUAAGGUCACCUGGAAAUGUGAACAACACUAUCGUCGUGCCACUUUUGGAGGAUGGGAGAGGCCAUGGCAAAGCACAAAUGGACCCCCGAGGCCUAUCUCCCAGACAAAGUAAAAGUGACAGUGAUGAUGAUGACCUGCCAAAUGUGACCUUAGAUAGCGUUAAUGAAACUGGAUCUACGGCCCUUUCCAUAGCCAGAGCAGUACAAGAGGUACAUCCAUCCCCAGUAUCAAGGGUCCGAGGAAAUCGAAUGAAUAAUCAAAAGUUUGCUUGUUCUAUUUCACCAUUUAGUAUUGAGAGCACAAGACGCCAGAGACGGUCUGAAUCCCCAGACUCCAGAAAACGGCGCAUCCACAGAUGUGAUUUUGAGGGAUGCAACAAAGUAUACACAAAAAGUUCUCACCUGAAGGCUCAUCGGAGGACACACACAGGAGAGAAACCCUACAAGUGUACCUGGGAGGGCUGCACCUGGAAGUUUGCUCGUUCGGAUGAACUGACGAGGCAUUACCGCAAACACACGGGCGUGAAGCCGUUCAAGUGCGCAGACUGUGAUCGCAGCUUUUCCCGGUCAGAUCAUUUGGCCCUGCACCGCCGGAGGCAUAUGCUGGUGUGAGGAAUGCUGCCUGUCCAGCUGGGCGUAAGAGCUGGAUCUCUUAGCGGCACCCAAUUCAGCAGGGCUGAAUCCCCUUCACAGUGUUAACGCAAAAGGGCAUCACCAAUCCCAUGAUGUCUGAAAACAGAGCAGGAAAAAGAAGGAACAAAGGAACGCGCCUCCUUUCGGUCUGAAGGUAACCCCCAUCAUGGCUACACGAGAACCAUCUUCACACUGGCCUGGGAGCUCAGUGACACACUUGCUGAAGAGACAGGCAUUGUUUUCCGUGCUGUGUACUCUGCCAUUUACAGAUGUUUGUAGCUUGUACAUUUUCUGAGCUGUCAGACGUUUUGUUACUGAUAUCUUAAAGGUCAUCUACCACAAAGAGAUGGCUAGAGCAAGACCUUUUACAUUUGGGUGAUUCUCUCAUCAUCCCGCCCCUGUAACCCCUUUUUACAGAAAUUUUAGUUACUGUCUGAGUAAGCUAGAACACACAUCCAAUCUGUUACCAGCAAGCAGCAUGAAAGUAGAAAAGAAGAAGCUUUUGGAGAGGUGCCAUUACCUGAAAAUAAAGGGGCACUCAAGCAGCCCCGGGCAGUAGUGAUGGCGGCAGCCAGAUGUCACUCGUAACUUGUCAUUCUGCCAUGCCCUGAAGAGAACCAACAUUGAAUCUUUCAUUUGUGUGUUGUUGAUUGUUUUUGUUUUGUUUUGAUUCUGUUUCGUUCAUCUGUUCGAGCAGAGGGGCAGCAACAUUACGGUUGCAAUCUCGUCGUCCUGGUCUCUGCCCUGGCAUGGACUGGCACAGAGGUGUCCUGUAUAGUUGAAUAGGAAGAGCCUGUCUAAAAAAACUACUGCCCCACUUCAAAUUGCAGUGUUCUGUCACCUAGGCAUCAUCAUCUCUUCCUGCCCCUAGUAUUUGAUUACAAGGAAUCGGGGGGGAAAAAACCUUUCUUAGACACACUGGCACCAAGGUAAGAGGUGAGGCUGCCCAGGCAGAGUCAGUAAACAUGAAAAAAUCAGACAAAAGCAGAGAUGGAAAUAAGGCGCCUCUUGAGGAGAAAAGCAAUAAAAGGACUUUCCUACAAUAACUUCACUGAGGACUCACGUUACCAAUUUUCAUACUUACUAAAGGGAUUGUAAAAAACACCCCAGCAUUUCAGAUGUCUUGGUUACAUUUCCAGCACUGAGGUAAUCUGCUGCUGUGCAUUGUCCUGCUUGGUUGAGGACCACAAUUAAAGAUUAUGCUCCCCUUUUCUUGUUUGAAAA